AUGACUUCCAUUAUUGGAUUAUCUUCACAAGCGCAAACCGAACAUUCUCGGCCAUCUUCGUUGAUUUCUGGAGGUCAUCCAUCCACAUCGUUAACACAUCGGUUGCCAUCAAUCCUGACCCCGUCCACUUCCGGAUGCACAAUAACCUGCAAGGCAUGUCAUAAACCGACGUUCUUUGUCGAUGAACAAGCCAUUAUCAACAUGCCCGUUAACGUUGCACUCAAAAACCUCAUUAACAGAUAUCGAUGUAAUAGUACACCAACGAAUAAAGACAAACACAACCUCGAGCAACAUCCUACCUGUCAGUUGUGUGAUAGUGAUGAACCGGCUGAGGCAUCCGUAUUCUGUGAGCAAUGUGACAUCUACUAUUGUCAGCCGUGUCAAUCAUCGUUACAUCCAGCCCGAGGGCCACUCGCCACUCAUAAACUAGUACAUCCUUCGGCCAGGCGUCCGCCACGUUGUCCCGCAUCGGUGACUGCGAUUAAGGAAUCGAAAUGCCUCAGUCACCCAACCGAACUGCUCUCGAUGUAUUGUGUCGUCUGUCGGAUGGCCAUAUGUGGUGUUUGCUUACAAGAGAUUCGACACACAAACCAUGAUGUUCAGAGCCUUGAGAAAACGUGCAAAACACAGAAACAACCCAAAAUGGGUGCUGAUAUCUCGAGUCUUACCUAUACAGCUGUUUGCUGUCGCCGCAUCGACAUUUCCUUCUAA